GAUUACCCUAUUUAUAUAGCAUUAUAAAUAUGUUCUGUCAAACGGGUCUGCCUGAUUCGAGAUAGCAUCAUCAUGAGGGUUGCCAUUCUGUUAGUCAGUAUCUUGGUGCAGCAAGGCGUCGUUCUCGGUGCAAAUGUAGACUGCGGAAGCAACCCUGCCGAUAUAGGAUUUGUUGUCGAUGCUUCUUGGAGCAUAUAUCCGGGAAAUUUUAAACUGAUGACUGACUUUGUGAACAAUUUCAUCAAGACAUUCGAAAUAGGACCAGAAGCCACCCAGGUGGGACUUUUGACGUUUAGUGAAUCAGUUAAGAGAGAAUUCUGGUUAAACGAGUUCUUGGAUAAAAGUGCCCUGGUUAAGAAAGUGUCCAGUCUCAGACAAAGUGAUACAGAGGGAUCAUCCACCCAGACGCACCUUGGUUUAGAUUACAUGACCAACCAACUGAUGACUUCUGCGCACGGACUAAGAGAUGGGGUUCCUCACAUUGUGAUUGUUCUCACUGAUGGUAAUUCAACACACCCGCCUAAGACAUCGGCUGCUGCACAGAGACUUAAGGCUGCUGGCCAUAGUGUUUACGCCAUUGGUGUAGGAAAGCUAUAUAGGCAAGAACUGGAUGGUAUUGCAUCAGAUCCAAGUCAAGUGUUCUUAGUUGAUACAUUUGAUGCUCUCUCUGAAAUCAAGGAGAUACUCGCCAUCAAAGUUUGUGUAAAAGCCUGUGGCGAGAGGCAUCCUGCUGAUGUGAUGUUCUUGGUAGAUUCGUACAGAAGCGGAGACCUACAGACCAAGAAAGCUCUUGAUUUUAUGGGUCAGGUAUCCAGUAAUUUCGAGAUAGGUGACGCUUCUGACAGUCAAAUACAAGUGGGGCUUGUGCACGAGUGCUUGAUUGGAGGCUUCAACUUUAAAAAGUAUUCCUCCAAAGAUGAUCUUGAGGCUGGAGUUGAAAGGGUGAAAGUACAUGAUUUCGCUGAUGUCAUUGAGUACAUGACAGUGCGCAGUUUCACAGUGGAUGAAGGAAGUCGACCUAAUGCAAAGAGGGUCGCAGUGGCAAUUAUAGACUCUAAGUUUCCAGAUACAAAGAAAGUCAAAAAGGCAGCAGACAAAGCAAAGGCUAAUAACAUUGAAAUAUUUGCCAUAGGAGUCGGAGCAGGCAACAAUUACAGAGAGCUGACUCUUGUUGCCAGUUCUCCCGUGAAGGAACACCUGUUCACUGUGGACAGCUACGACGAACUUACGAAUAUCGCUGAAGAACUAAAGGUCAAUGUUUGUAAAGAUCUUUGAUUUCCAAGUCCAAUCCACGAACUCACAAGGAAAAGACCGCUGAACAAACAUGGACGUCCAUUUUUAUAUUUAUUUUAUAUUGUUUAUACGUUUUCGUAAAAUACAUACAUGUACUAUUAUCAUAUUGCAAGCAAACAAUUGAAUUUUGUUUUGAAUAGAAUGAGGAACAAAAAAAACGUGACCAAAAAGUCGCCAUCUUCCUGCCUAUGGUCUUAGAGAGUAUCAAGUUUCCUGAUUAUUUUUGUCUCUGAAGAUAGUGCUAUAUUUAAGCAA